AUGGCCUCUGCGUUUAAAUCCAUUCGAUAUCAAGCUUGUGAUAGUAACGAUGAUAACAACAAUAAUGAACUUGUCUCAAUAUCAACAUCAACUCAUGGUUCAUCAAAGUCAUCAUUACAAUCGAAAAACGCUCACACAAAUACAAAUCAAAAAUUCAAUAAUAAAGUAUCGAAUUCAGAGCUUUGUGGUGUAACGAUUCUACCUAGCACCACAACCGCCAAACAAACCACAACACCAUCUCCUUGUCUACCGGCACUCUUUCCGACAUUGAACAACAAAACUUCAUCAUUGACACAUUUGUUAGCUACAGCAUCACCAUCAGAAUCACCACCCACAAGAAAUAACUUGACAACUCAGGUGCCAACAGCCGAUAUUGAACAUAAACCACGACAUACAUCAUCACAACUUCAUGCAGGAACAUCAGUGUUCACUCGUACAGGUUCGCGGCAAUCGAUAUUAGACACAUUAUCAAACAAAUUUACAACCGUACGAAAAAGUUCAACGUCUGCCUUUACUUCGGCACAACAACAUCUUUCACAGGGAGAAAAUAUCAAUCUUUUCUCACAAUAUCAAGGUGAUUAUAUUCGUCAGUCACGCCAGUUACGUAAAGCGCGUCGACAAGAUAUAAAAGCUCGAUUUGAAAAAUUUCAAGACGGUCCGCUGACAAAACGUCGUACAACGUCUCGUCGUUUCACAUUUAUAUUUGAUCCGAGUGGUCGCUUAACAUAUUGGUGGACGUCGAUCGUUUCCAUCGCGUUUCUCUACAAUUUCUGGGUGAUCAUCUAUCGUUUUUCGUUUCACGAACUGAAUCAUAAUAACAUUUUAGUAUGGUUUAUAUUUGAUUAUGUCUGUGAUUUAAUAUAUAUAUUUGAUAUUGCAUUUAAUUUUCGUACGGCGUAUCUUGAAGAAGGUGUACUACAAACGGAUCCAAUUAAACUGCGUCACUAUUAUAUGAAUACAACCCGAUUUUAUAUCGAUUGCUUAUGUUUGAUGCCAUUAGAUUUUUUAUAUUUAUCAAUCGGAUUUAAAUCGAUUGUACGUCUAUUUCGUCUUGUUAAAAUUUAUCGGUUUUGGACAUUUCUUGAUCGUACCGAGCGACAUACUAAUUAUCCAAAUUUAUUUCGUGCAAUUGUCAUGAUUCACUAUCUUCUAGCCAUCUUUCAUUGGAAUGCGUGUCUGAUUUACAUAUUGAAUACACGAAGUAAAAUGGGUUUAACAAAACGUUUUAAUUUUACGUUUAAUGAUAUUGGCCUAGACUAUUUCAAAGCAUUAUAUUGGAGCACAUCAACGUUAACAUUGACAGAUAAUUAUGAAACAAAGCCAACAUCAAAAGAAGAUUUUGUGUUUAUGAGUAUUGAACUGGUGUUUGCUUUGCUCUUGUUUGCCACCAUUAUGGGUCAUGUUGCGUCAAUUGUGGCCAAUUUGACUAAACUUGAUGCUGUCAAAACGUACAUGUCUCUCCGUCGUCUACCAAAUAAUCUUGAAGAUCGUGUUAUUCGGUGGUUCGAUUAUUUGUGGAUGAGUCAUAAAUCGGUUGAUGACAAUCAUGUUUUGUCGUUACUUCCAUAUAAAUUACGUGCAGAAAUUGCUAUACAUGUUCAUUUAGAUACGUUAAAAAGAGUUGAAAUAUUUCAAAAUACAGAAGCAGGUUUUCUAAAUGAACUCGUUCUACGACUGGAACCUGUAUUGUUCUCACCCGGCGAUUUUAUAUGUCGGAAAGGCGAAGUUGGUAAAGAAAUGUAUAUCGUUAAUCGUGGAAAAUUGCAUGUGAUGGCAGAUAAUGGUAAAACGGUUUUAGCAACACUCAAAGCGGGAUCAUAUUUUGGUGAAAUAAGUAUAUUAAAUAUGGGUACAAGUGGCAAUAGAAGAACGGCAUCCGUAAGAUCCGUCGGUUAUUCGGAUCUCUUUUGUUUAUCUAAAGAAGAUUUAUGGGAAGUUCUUAAAGAAUAUCCAGCUGUACGAGUUAAAUUAGAAGCAAUUGCUGUUAAACGAUUAGAAAAACAUAAAAAGCCCCUGAUCCAACAAGUCAACAUGAAACGAAGUAAAAGUACACCUGGUUUGGUUGAAGCAUCAACUCGUCUUCCAUUUAUCGUACCAAUGAGACGUACCGGAAGUGGUGCACAUCGGCUAUCGUCAAUACGAGAAACAGAUGUUCAUGCUGUAGGUUUACCAUUUGACGCUCACUUUUCGACACAACAACAGCACCCCCAACAUCGUACACAAGCAACAAUCGGCUAUUCUUGUGCUGGUUUAAGUUCCCUAGAUCGAAAACAGCCGCAAACAACGAAUUUAUCAUCGAGUGUCAAUUCUCUGGCUGCUCCAUUAGCUUCCUCGAUCAGUGUUACAUCAUCACUAAAUUCUCAUUAUAUAGUACCAAAUUCGACUUCACAUCGUUGUUUUAUUGUUGAUCAACAACACCAACAAACGAAACAAAAUCAAGUAUCUCCAGUGAUGAUGAAUAAUUUUUCAUCAUUUCCAGAAACAAUAAUUUCUGUCAACCCUAUAGGCAUCAAUCAUUCAAUGUCAUGGUCAAAUGGGACAAAUUCUAGACAAUCGCCUACCACAUUAUCAAAUUUAAAUCGAUCAUGUUCACACUGGACUACAAAUCGAAAUCAUUUGAAUAAUAAACAUCGCCUUGAAAGUAUAACGGAUAAAAAUGAUUCGUCAUCAAAUCGAACUCAAACAAUAUUAAUUGAAGAAAUUCAAUAUUUGAGACAACGUUUAAAACAAUUAGAAGAAGAUAAUGUAUCGUUGAAUACAAGUUUAAAACAAAAACAUUGGGAAUUAAAAAAUCGUCUGCGAACGUUAGAAAAAAAUUUGGAUUCAACUCAAAAUAAUCAUCAAAAAGAUUUAAAUUUAAGAGAAUCAUUUAGUACCGAAACAGAGGAUGGUUUCUCAGAAUCAAUUCUAGGAGAAAAUAGAUAA